UAAAUCGUGCCCACAAAUUAAGAAUAUGUACCCACUAAUUAAUUUGUUUCCUUGUAUUGAUUUAUUAAAAAAAAGGGAACAAAUAAGUGUAAUAUAACCAACCAUAAAUCAUGACUUAUUGUACAAACUAAAAGACGUUUAACAACUUAAAAAACAAAGUAAUAAUAAUAAAAAACAUUGCACUAGUUCAAGUCAGGAACUGAAAUCAGGAAGUCAGAUAUAGACUUCUGUAAGCAGCCAUGUUAUAGACAGCAGAGCAAACCACUGUUAAAAAUAGCAUCACACAACUGCACUGAUGUGUCUGCCAUUUCACAGAAGCUGUUAGAUUGCCAUCUAAUGGAGACCUCUUCAUCAACUCCCAGUGCAGGGAUGCAACUGUUAUGUGUAAGACGAAAAUAUUUAGGUUUGAAUGAACAUUGAAGUUGCCUCUUACAGUCAUGAUUUUUCAUAUGAACUGGCACUAAAGCUAAGCGGAAGCAAUACAACGAUUCUUCCGUGUUUAUGAGGCUGAAGUCACACUACAUCUCACACGUAUUCAACUUCCUUCACUGAAAUACUUGCAGAGAAUCAUUGUUUGUUUGAAAGUCUUUGUUUGCCACAAUGAAAUUUAGGCUGCUCCUGUCAUUUGUUCUUCUUACAUACAACAAAGGGUUCAGUGCUGAGAUCUCUGUGUUUGUUGAGACAGGAGAUUCUGUUCAACUGGAUAUACAGACACAAGAACUACCAGAGUUUGAUCUUUUAUACUGGAGUAAUGAUAAAUCAGAGAGUAUAGUUAAAUAUUUUUAUAAAACUAAAGUGGUAAGACUUCACUCUUCCUACAAGGACAGAGUGGAUUUCAAUAAUAAAACCUUCUCUCUGACACUUAAGAACAUGCAGAAGACACACAGUGGACUCUACACAGCAAGAACAAGUGGAGAAUCAGACAAGAAUAUUGUUACAUACAGAGUAUCUGUUAUAGAUGCUGUGGAGGCUCCUGUCCUGACUGUGAACUCAAGCGGGUCUAGUGAUUCCUGUACUUUCAAUUUUACAUGUAGAGGUCAUGUCUUCACACUCAGCUCCACUUUUGUAUAUGACAGCUGCUCACGAGAGGAAGUGACAUCACAGAUCAACACCCUCAUCCUGGACUGCAGUGAGGAAUCCAUCAUCUGUAACCAUAGCAACCCUGUCAGCUGGAAAGAAGACAGAAUAAACAUCACACAGCUCUGUGAAGAGAAUGAAAGACGACAAAUGACGACAAUCUUCUAUGUUUCAUCUUACAAGAUUGGGCUCAUUAUUGUGUGUGUUGUUGUGGGAGUGAUAGUAUUUGCUGGUUUGGUUCUUUACUGUUUCUGCAAAAAUAAAAAAGGUGUCAAACCGGCUGAUGAUACAGACUACGAUGAUGCUGAGACCCAGAAGAUGACAGGAGAUACAUGGACCACCGUCACCUACUGUACAGUAGGAGGACACCAAACACCUUCAUCUGCUCAUGACUGCUGAAGCUCAGACUGAACUGAGUUAAAAACACUCUGAUGAUUAACUGGACUCAGAAACGGAGCUUCAAGUCUGAAUCUAACUAGCUGACUUAAUGACUCGUGUUGGAAAUUUACAGGCGCUCUUCAGUCAGUUACUGCAGAAUGCUUUUGGAAUGUAGUCAUGCACAUUGUGUUUUUAUGCUAUUUGAAUUUGCCUUUCUUGGCCAGGAUUUUCUUGAAUAAGAAACUUUAAAUGCAGUAUUAAAUAAAUCUCCCCUGGAUGAGUACAAGUUAUAUUUUAUAAUACUUUACAAUAAACGUGUUCUCUUGUGAGCUCUGUGA